UGUUGCCACCAAUUUAUGAUGAUUUCUAAGCUUGUAGUCAAAUCAUCUAGCCUUAAUAUUGGUACCAGAUUUCUCCCUUUACUUCGAUAUAAAUCAACAAUGUCAAAAACUGAAGACGACUGGAGAGCAAUUCUCUCACCUGCACAAUACCGGGUACUUAGACAGCUGGGUACUGAAGCACCAUUCACUGGAGAAUACACAGACACACCCGCAUCAGAAAAAGGAGUAUAUGAAUGUGUUGGGUGUAGCCAACCAUUAUAUAAGGCCCUGACCAAGUUCAGUGCUCAUUGUGGAUGGCCUGCGUUUUAUGAAGCAAUUCCUGGAUCCAUCACUGUAUUGAGAGAUGAAUCUCAUGGUAUGGUUAGAGAGGAAAUGCGUUGCUCCAAGUGUGAUGGACAUUUAGGACAUAUCUUUAAAGGGGAAGGAUACAAAACACCUACAGAUUCAAGACAUUGUGUUAACAGUAUUUGCUUGAAAUUGAGAAAUGAUGAGUAAAAAUGAAAUAAUGAAAGAGAAUAAAAAAACAUAUGUGGUACACCCAUUAGUAGAAACAGUAGAUAAUA